CACUAUCAUGUUCUACUAAUUAAUAUGAACAACUUUUGUCUGAAACAGUUUUCGAAAUAAUCCAUUCCAACCGAGAUAUAUUAUUGUCUCAAGAUAAACGCCCCACCCUGUAUAUAACUUCGAUUACACUCACAUUUAUGCACAACAUUCAUAAAGAAUCGUCUAAUGUGAAUCAUUAAUCGAAUGUACUUGUGUAUGAUUGCUUCAGGUACAUCUGCCAAACUUUGAAGGUUGGGAAAUCUUUAUGAAGAAGGAAAAUAACCAGAUUCCUAAUGGUAUCCAAGCACGCGGUGUGGUUCUUUCGCUCCUAAAUUUAGGGUUCGAGCAGAAAUACAAGGGCGUUAUAGCAAUCUCAAGAGGCUAUUUCGCUCGUACUCUAUGCUAUUAUGGACACAAGUUACAAGUACCAAUAACUAUCGUACUAGUAAAUUCAUCAAGAUUAUCUCCAGUUAAAUAUUGCGAAAGACUUGGAGGAACAAUAUUGGUUGCCAAAAACAUAUUCGAAGCACACAAGACUGCUAUGAAGAUUGCUCAGCAGAAAGGAUUAGUUUUCCUUGACGGUAUCGAUCAUCCAGACAUGAUUAUUGGCCAAUCCACCAUGGCCGUAGAUAUGUUGCCUGAACUAAAAACCAUUGAUGCAGUGAUAUUACCGACGCAGUUCGAUGGUUGUGCACUUACCAUGGGUAUUGCAAUGGUUAUCAAAAACCGCUAUCCGAAUAUGCACAUUAUUGAGGCCCGAAUUAGAAAUUCUGAUCUUUUUAUCGAAGCUAUAAGAUCAAUGAAUCUAAACCGUACUGUAUUGAGGAAUGAAGAGGCGAAAGCAUAUACAUGGCAUUUUGAUAAUGAAGGCGUUCUGGAAUCUUUAUUCGACAAUUGUGUUAUUGUAGAUGAUCACUCUGCUGCGCAGACGUUCAAGCGUCUAACAGAAGACAGAGGUAUCGACUUUACGACAACCAUUGGUUUCGCUGCGAUUUUAUCUGGUCAAUUGGAUUAUCUGAAAGGAAGAAAGUAAUUUCUUUUAUAAGACUUACAAGGUUUUGUUUAAAAGUUAUUAAUUCAAUAACGGUUUGUGUGAAGAAUUUCGUAACCACAAAAUACGCCCCGUUCAUAUUUUAUUCAAUAACGUAAUAAUUUAGCAUUAUUGGAUUAUUUAAUAAUAUUACCAUUCUCUUUACGUACCAGAGUGGCAAUACCUCAGGUUGGUCCGAUGGACUUGUCUACUGAUUUCGUGAGGAACACCGAUCCAAUUAUGGGAACAGCUAGAAUUCGACUUUUGAAUGAUUAAACGCUUAAAUAAAUAUGAAUACAGACCUAGAAAUAUCAUUGACGUAAAAGAAAUUUUCUAAAACUUUUAAGCAUUCGAUUAAAGCACAAAAUCUAGAAGAAUACGACAGACAAAUUGCAUAACUCCAGAGUCAAACAAUGCUUGUAGCUAAAAUUAUGUAGGUAGAUUAAAUGACAAUGUUUCUUACAGUCACGUUCAAUAGUAAUAAUAAUAAUAUUAAUUUAAAAAACAAAUUUUUUAAGUAGUAGAAAAUCACGUCGUUUAUCCAGUUUUCUGACGCUGAGAAUAACCUAAAUAAGACUGACAGUAGUACCUGUUACCUUUUAUAUCGUCGCCUGAGUCACUUUUACAAUUUCAUCAAACAUUCAAAAUAAAUCGUAUUUGAAUUUAAAUGUUUUUAUUUUAUAUCUAUAUUGAUGUUACUAAAUGAUUCAAACGUGAAUACAUUUGCUUGCAAAUUUGAUUUAUGUUGCUAUAAAGUAUUAAAAAUUGCAUUCACAUGUUUCGUAUUCUUUCAAUGUCGAUUACUAUGUCGACAAGCAGAAACGAAAUAUUGAAUCAAUUUCUACAUAUUAGAAAUAUCAAAGAAGACGCCAAUGAUUCCUGUCAUGCGCUUUCUUGAUAGUACUGUUAUUUUUAUUUUUAUUAUGAGGUUAUUAUGAGAAUCUGAAAACUGUACAACCGAUAUGUAUUUAAACUACCUAGAAAUUUUGUUUUACAAUUUUUCUGUCUUCCAGCUCUAAGGGUGACAUGUAAGAAACCUGUUUCAAUUUUGCCCAUUCGUGUCAUUCGAAUUUAAAGUAUUGAAAAUCGCGUCCGAAUAUUUCGUUUCCUUUGAAUGUCGAGUGACUAUAUCGAUAAUUAGAUACGAGAUAUUGAGUAAACUUCUACCUAUUAGAUAGGAGAGGAGUCGCCUAUGGUUCUAGUCAUACGCUUUCUUAUCGAGAAUGGCUUCCAUACAUAAUGUUUC